AUGGUCUCCUCUUUUGCUCUCCAAUCGAAUUCAAAGAUUCUGAAUCAAUCGCAUAUCAUCACAAAGGAACCUUUGCAAUUCAAAGGAGGAGAGUCGUUUAAUAAAGACAGCUUAGAAGUGAGUAUUGCUAGCAAACCGGUUGCUUUAUCAGAUGUUAGAAGCAUUUAUCAAAAAGGAAACUUUUCUACGCCAGGAAAUUAUGAGAUAAUACAGAUAUUAGGAAAAGGGUCUUAUGGAGUAGUUGUGUCUGCCAUCGACAAAAGAGGUGAUAGCAAGCCAUGCCGCUUGGCUAUCAAGAAAGUGACCAACAUAUUCCACAGAGAAAUCCUACUCAAAAGAGCUAUACGGGAGCUGAAGUUUUUGAGUUUUUUUCGAGGUCAUAAGAACAUUGUAAGUUUAGUUGACUUAGAGAUUGUCUCGGAAAAACCAUACGAUGGACUCUACUGCUACCAAGAGCUUGUUGACUAUGACUUGGCUCGAGUAAUUCAUUCCACUGUUCAGUUCUCAGAAUUUCAUAUCAAACAUUUUUUGUACCAAAUUUUGUGUGGACUCAAAUAUAUUCACAGCGCAGACGUAAUUCACAGAGAUUUGAAGCCGGGAAAUAUUCUCUGUUCGAUAAGCGGCCAUUUGAAAAUAUGUGAUUUCGGUUUAGCUAGAGGAAUAUCGCCUUUAUUUGCAGAGAACAAAGCCGGCGAAAUUCACAUAACGAAUUAUGUCGCUACCCGUUGGUAUAGAGCUCCGGAAUUGAUCUUAUCACACAAGAGGUAUAAUAAGUCCAUCGAUAUCUGGGCUGUGGGUUGUAUCCUAGCUGAAUUUUACGGCAGAAAACCUUUAUUUAUGGGUCAGGAUUCUCUGCACCAAGUUUCAGAAAUUCUAAAAGUUUUAGGAACUCCUAGUCGAAGUACUAUCGCGAAGUACUGCUCUGCUCGCUCUUACGAGGUAUUUUCCUCAAGAACCGAGGUGAAGAAACUUAGUUGGGCAUCUGUGUACUCUAGCGCUUGCGUUGAGGCGCAGAAUCUUUUGGACUCUUUACUUGAUUGGGAUCCAGACAAACGCCUAGAAGUUGAUCAGAUUCUAAGCCAUCCUUUUGUUUCAGACGUUAGAAACUCGGCAGAUGAGCCCAGCUGUCAGGGCCCUUUUGAUUAUUCCUACGAACACAAGUUUACAUCCAUGCAGAAACUGAGGGACACCAUCUACGAGGAAGUGAGGACUUUCAAAGGAAUCGGAUCUUCAAGUUUAUCGGUAAGGGCGGAAUGUUAA